UAAACAUCAUUUUUUACCUUCUUCGAGUCCACUUCCAUGGCGGAUCGGAAUCCAAACUUCCAACGCCGCCCAAUUCAUUCAUCUUCGACGCGGUUUCUGUCCUCAAACAAAGAUUUCCCACUGCCUCCGACCACCACUCCCACUUCCAACAAUAUCUCAACCUCGCGCCCUUUCUCUCCUCCAAUAAUCCUCUCCCCUGCAAACGCCACCGUUCUCUGUCAAAUUUGAAUCCACUCGGCGUCCGCAUCUCUCCAGUUAACCCUACUAGUUACCGAUUGGAGAUUGCUCACCAGGUGAACGUCUUAGCUCCCUAGAUUCUCCGAAGUUUAUCUCUAUUAUAACUGAAAAUUUGAUCGGAUGGAGAAGGCGAUGGUGUUGCCUGUCGAAAUCAAUCAAUCCGAUAAGCGAUACCGUGAUGUUGAUGCAGAGAUUCGGCUUCGAGUGGAGAAGUGGAGGGUCUCGUACAUUUCAGUUCCUCCGCCGUUCGUGGUGGCGUUGGCUAAUUCGGAGUUGGCGGCGAAGUACGUCCCAAGUUUUCUUCCAAUUUAGGGUUGCGGCAUUGCUGCUCUUGGGGAAGAAGGUCGAGAAAUUCCAUGAGAAGUUGCCCUAAAUUAUACCGGUCAGAGAACAAACAUUCUCCAUUUCCAUAAUUCCUUUCGGUUGCUAAAUUCAAAUCUGUUCUUAAUUUGUUUAUAGAUUAAAUCUUCUGUUCGGUUGAUUUGGUAUAUGGAUUGAAAGAGUGUACAGCAGUAACACAGGCGUUGGGGCGUGAGGAAAGCAAGAACACAAUGCAGAUCCUUGGUCGGAACUUCAUCUGUUCACCUCAGUUAUUAUAAAUUCAAAUUCGCCGCCAAAAAUCGAAGAUCUACCACGUGGAGAUGACCACAAUCCGCCAUAUCAUCUUCUUCAGUUACUCAACUGCAGUUCCCAAUGUUGGCACGGAACUCAAUAAAUGGUGGAUUGUUGUUAUCUUUCUUGCGUCAGACGGGAUUAUCUUAUCCUGCGUUGGAAUACGCCAUGAAUGUCCAUAACGAUAAUCCUCAACGAUCCUAUCCCACCCGGAAACUCCUAGAGAAUUGUGCUGCAUAUAAAUACACAGCACCUUGGCUCUACGAAGGCACCGAAUAAGCUUUAAUUGUAGGAGGAGGAGGAAGAGGAAGAAGAAGAUGGGAUCGCUGGGAAUGUAUUCUGAAUCGGCAGUAAGGAAGAAAAGUAGCAGAGGCUACGAUGUUCCAGAGGGAGUGGACAUUCGGGGACGUUAUGAUGAAGAAUUUGCCAGGAUUCUCAGCAAGGAAGCCUUGCUGUUUGUCGCUGAUUUACAGAGGACUUUCAGAAACCACAUAAGGUAUUCGAUGGAAUGCCGCAGAGAAGCCAAAAGGAGGUACAAUGAAGGGGCGGUGCCGGGGUUUGAUCCGGCGACCAAGUAUAUUAGGGAAUCUGAGUGGACAUGUGCACCAGUCCCCCCGGCAGUUGCUGAUCGGAGGGUGGAGAUCACCGGACCUGUGGAGCGGAAGAUGAUCAUCAACGCACUCAAUUCUGGAGCUAAAGUUUUCAUGGCGGACUUUGAAGAUGCACUGUCACCAAACUGGGAGAAUCUGAUGAGAGGGCAAAUUAAUCUGAAGGAUGCAGUAGAUGGGACUAUAAGCUUCCAUGACAAAGCUAGAAACAAGGUUUAUAAGCUGAACGAUCAGACAGCCAAGCUCUUUGUUCGUCCUCGAGGUUGGCACUUGCCGGAGGCUCAUAUCUUCAUCGACGGCGAGCCUGCCACCGGCUGUCUUGUGGACUUUGGGCUCUACUUCUUCCACAACCAUGCCAAUUUCCGGCGCUCUCAAGGUCAAGGUUCUGGCCCUUUCUUCUACCUUCCCAAAAUGGAGCACUCCAGGGAAGCAAAAAUAUGGAAUAGUGUAUUUGAGAGAGCAGAGAAGAUGGCAGGGAUAGAGAGGGGCAGCAUCAGGGCCACUGUGCUGAUUGAAACACUUCCAGCAGUGUUUCAAAUGGAUGAAAUACUCUAUGAGCUGAGGGAUCAUUCUGUGGGAUUGAACUGUGGUAGAUGGGAUUACAUAUUCAGCUAUGUCAAGACCUUCCAGGCUCACCCAGAUCGCCUGUUACCCGACCGAGUCCAAGUCGGUAUGGCACAACAUUUCAUGAGGAGUUAUUCUGAUCUCCUCAUCAGGACUUGUCACAGGCGUGGUGUGCACGCCAUGGGAGGCAUGGCAGCUCAAAUUCCAAUUAGAGACGACCCAAAGGCAAAUGAGAUGGCACUUGAGCUAGUGAGGAAGGACAAAUUGAGAGAGGCAAAGGCAGGGCAUGAUGGAACAUGGGCAGCACAUCCAGGACUAAUCCCAGCAUGUAUGGAAGUCUUCACCAACAACAUGGGAAACGCCCCAAAUCAGAUUCGAUCUGCAAGACGAGACGAUGCUGCAAACCUAACUGCAGACGACCUCUUGCAGCAACCGAGGGGUGUUCGUACAUUGGAAGGGCUCCGGUUGAACACCCGAGUCGGAAUUCAGUAUCUAGCAGCAUGGCUAACUGGGACAGGCUCGGUGCCUCUGUAUAACCUGAUGGAAGAUGCAGCCACAGCUGAAAUCAGCAGGGUUCAAAACUGGCAAUGGCUGAAGUAUGGAGUGGAAUUGGAUGGAGAUGGGCUUGGAGUGAGUGUGAACAAGGAACUGUUCGGAAGAGUGGUGGAAGAAGAAAUGGAAAGGAUUGAAAGGGAAGUGGGGAAGGAGAAAUUCAGGAAGGGAAUGUACAAAGAGGCUUGCAAGAUGUUCACAAGGCAAUGCACAGCGCCAACCUUGGAUGAUUUUCUGACCUUGGAUGCGUACAACCAUAUAGUCAUACAUCAUCCCAGGGAGCUGUCCAGGCUCUGAAAACCGCACCAAAUUGGCCUUCUUUCGACAGGUAAGAGUUCUUUUGCUUCCCUUCUCUUCUCUUCCUUGUUGCUGAGAAUAACGUAUUUGUAUUGUAAUUUAAGACUCUGUUUGUUUGUCCAUUUCUUUUUCAAGCUGUUGUGUGGUUUAUGUCAACAAAUUCAGCAAUUGCAAGCAAAUUGGAACUCUCUAUAUGAACCUAUAUUUUGGCCGUUGCUUGUUUGA